UCAGGGUACAUCAAUCUACCUCUGUGCCAGAUUUUGUGCUUUUAUCACAAUAUGCACGAUAGUGCCUAUUUCUUUCAGUUUCGCCACCUAGCUACAACGACCGCAGUUUCCAUUCACAAUAUUGUCCGCUAUCCUUCCAGUAUACCCUCGCGUCCUACAGGACAGCAGAUGCUGUGACGGCAGUGUGUGACGGUCGCCAUGAUGAGCUGGGGUUUUGCCUGCAGCAAGCUGUAGUUCGAGAACGGCAAGCGACCGACGUGGGAAGCAAGGGGGAAGGCGGUGUACUGGAUUGGUAUGAGCAAGAAUGCAGCUUUUUUCUUGACGGGAAAAAGCUCAACCCCUCAGAGAAACCGCAUUUUCGACGGAUACAGCAAUGGACAUAUAUUCGAACCAUAGUUUUAAACUGUGAAGAGGGCCAGGCAGUUGAUUUUAAAAUAAUUGAAUUUAAACGAAAAAACGAGCUAGUUAAGCCUUGCGCCCUUCCAUUCUCAGACUCAACAGAGGAGGGGCAUUGCAUUGAGGCUUUGUAGCAUUGCAGAUCUAGUGUUGAUGCAUUUUUUCCGCUGCAGUUUGGGAUAACCACAUAUCAACAUCUCAGGGGAUUGUUAUAACUGCAUUCUCACGGGUAAUAUUUUCACUGGGGGUAUUUUUGACAGGAGAAGACUGGAAAAAAUACGUAAGGAAAUACUACAAGCGGCUUUCAUUAGCCUACGUCAAAAUCUGCUGGCCAGGGCAGGGUCUGCGAUUGUGAGUUCUCCUUUGUGUUUUGGGGGAAUAGGAUAAAUAAAAUGAGGAAAUAUUACAUGGCUCACUCACCUCCGAUAUACUCUAUAUAUACCUUUGUGAGAGGUGGAUCAUGAUAGUUCUAUUUUAGCUCGCUAUUAGCUUGCUUGCCUCAAAGUUUUUAUUCAUUUUGCUACAAGGUGAGACCGAGACAAGCUAAGCGAACUUCUUCUGUUCGUCCCUGGUCAGCCGGAAUAUAAGGUUUAGCUAACUAUUUAAGUGAGUUAAUAUAAUUUCCUCUACCAGCAUCACCUGACUACAGUUUGAAUCAUGUCGGGAGAGGUCCGUUUGAAGAAACUGGAAAAGCUGAUCCUGGACGGCCCAGCUCAGUCAAAUGGCCAAUGCCUUAGCGUGGAAACGCUAUUGGAUAUCCUUAUCUGCCUUUAUGAUGAGUGCAACAACUCACCCCUCAGAAGGGAGAAAAACAUCUUGGAGUUUCUGGAUUGGGCCAAACCCUUCACCUCCAUGGUCAAACAGCUGCGCCUACACAAGGAGGACUUUGAGAUCCUCAAGGUGAUUGGACGAGGAGCCUUUGGAGAGGUUGCUGUGGUUAAGGUGAAGAAUGCAGACAAGGUGUUCGCCAUGAAGAUCCUCAAUAAGUGGGAGAUGCUGAAGAGAGCUGAGACGGCGUGUUUCCGGGAGGAGCGGGACGUGCUGGUGAACGGGGACAGCCAGUGGAUCACCACCCUGCACUACGCCUUCCAGGACGACAACUUCCUCUACCUGGUGAUGGAUUAUUAUGUGGGUGGGGACCUUCUCACCCUGCUUAGUAAGUUUGAAGACAGGUUGCCGGAGGACAUGGCAAGAUUCUACCUGGCUGAGAUGGUGCUGGCCAUCGACUCAGUGCACCAACUGCAUUACGUCCACAGGGACAUCAAGCCAGACAACAUCUUGAUGGACAUGAACGGUCACAUUCGCCUGGCUGACUUUGGUUCCUGCCUCAAACUCAUGGAGGACGGCACGGUCCAGUCGUCAGUUGCCGUGGGGACCCCGGACUACAUCUCUCCGGAGAUCCUGCAGGCGAUGGAGGAUGGGAAGGGGAAGUACGGUCCAGAGUGUGACUGGUGGUCCCUGGGGGUCUGCAUGUACGAGAUGCUGUACGGGGAAACCCCCUUCUACGCCGAGUCACUAGUGGAGACCUACGGCAAGAUCAUGAACCACAAGGAGCGUUUCCAGUUCCCCCUGCAGAUGACCGACGUGUCCGAAGACGCCAAGGACCUGAUCCGACGCCUCGUCUGCAGCCGGGAGCACCGCCUGGGCCAGAACGGCAUCGACGACUUCAAAUCUCACCCCUUCUUCUCUGGCAUUGACUGGGACAACAUCCGUACGUGCGAGGCCCCCUACAUCCCAGAGGUCAGCAGCCCCACAGACACCUCUAACUUUGACGUGGACGACGACUGUCUCAAGAACUCAGAGACGAUGCCCCCUCCCUCACACACGGCCUUCUCUGGACACCACCUGCCCUUCGUAGGUUUCACCUACACCAGUAAAUGUACCCAUUUGUCUGACCGGGGCUGUCUGAGGGAGGCAGGUGGUAGCAGUCAGACACAGAUGGAUGGAUGUGUCCAGCGCAGUCUGGAGGAACAGUCUGGCCAGUUAGAAGGCCUACGAGAGGAGGACACGAUCAGGAACCUGGAGAAACAGAUGAAGACUCAGCUCAGGCGACCUGCACAAAAGUCCACCCAGACAGUCCAGGCCCUGCAGCACGCGUCAGGAGAAGGACCAGCACCCGUCCCCUCUAACAAGGAGGUGGAGAUCAGGAGUCUGAAGACUGAGAUUGACAUACUCAAGAAAAAGAUUGCAGACUCAGGUCAACAGGAACAUGAGUUAGAAGAAGCUUCAUCAGUCCGUAGAGAGAUGGAGGAUUCAUGUAAACACAUCAGGAACCUGGAGAAACAGAUGAAGAGUCUCAACCUGGAGAAGGACGACCUGCACAAGGACUUAAUGGAGGCCAGCGGCAAGAUGAAGAGUCAGUCUAAGGAGUUGAAAGAGGCCCACAGCCAGAGGAAGCUGGCCAUGCAGGAGUUCUCCGAGCUCAACGAGCGUCUGACUGACCUCAGAUCAGCCAAGCAGCGCCUGGGCCGUCAGCUCCGGGACAAGGAGGAGGAGAUGGAGGGUUGGUCCCAGAAGGUGGAGGCUCUACGGCUGGAGGUGCGCAAGGCCGAGAGGGCCAAGAAGGAGAUGGAGUCCCAGUCUGAGGAGCAGACAGCUGAUGCUCAGAAGGAGAGGAAACUAAGAGAACGCUCCGAGCAGUACAGCAGACUGCUAGAGGAGGAGCUGGAUGGACUCAAGAAGCAGGUGGAGCCAUCAGCCUCGGUGGUGGGCUCGGACCAGAGCCAGGAGGUGGGGAAGCUGCGGGCCGACCUGGAGAAGAAGACUGGGUUCUACGAGGAGGAGCUGAGCAGGAGGGAGGCGCAGCACGCCAACGAACUCAAGGUCCUCCGCAAGGAGCUCCGCGACGCUGAGGGACAGCAGCUCACCCUGCAGAAAGAGAUCCUGGUCCUCAAAGACAAACUGGAGAAGACACGCAGGGAGAGCCAAAGCGAGCGGGAGGAGUUUGAGAUGGAGUAUAAGCAGAAGUAUGAGCGGGAGAGAGUCAUUCUGACCGAGGAGAACAGGAAACUCUCCAACGAACUGGACAAGCUGACGCCUAUGUUUGAGAAGCUGAGCAUUAGCAACAGACAGCUGGAGGAGGAGAUGAGGGAACUGGCUGACAAGAAGGAGAGUGCUGCUCACUGGGAGGCCCAGAUCACUGAGAUUAUCCAGUGGGUGAGCGAUGAGAAGGAUACGCGAGGCUAUCUCCAGGCUCUGGCCAGUAAGAUGACUGAAGAACUGGAGGGACUGAGGAACACCAGCCUGGGAGCCAGGGCUACGGACAUGCCGUGGAAGGUGCGGAGGUUUGCUAAGCUGGACAUGUCAGCCCGUCUGGAGCUGCAGUCUGCACUGGAUGCUGAGAUCAGAGCCAAACAGACCAUCCAAGACGAACUGAACAAAGUUAAGGCCUCCAACAUCUCCACUGAGUGUAAACUGCAGGAGUCGGAGACUAAGAACCAGGACCUGCUGGCUGAGAUGGAGAGGCUGAAGAAGGAUACAGAGGAGUUCCGCCUGCGUAGGGGUGUGAAACACCAGGACUCCCAGAACUCUUUCUUGGCCUUCCUCAACGCCCCCACCUCAGCCCUGGACCAGUUCGAUGACUCUUUCUCCUCAUCCUCAUCCUCUUUAAUUGAGUUUUGGGAAGACCGCUCUCCAUCAGUUGGGCCAACUAGCAAAGGCAGACGUGUGGACUCUGUGGAUAACUUCACUCCCUCCAACACCCCAUCCAGGGACGAGGACUCCAAAAAGUCUCGCUCACGGUCGCCCUCCAUGGCCAGCGACGUAGAGCCCAUUGAGUUGAUAGACCCACGAACAGUCCAGACCCCCACCAUGCGACCAGGAGGCUAUGGUAGUAUCGGCCGCUCAUCACCCAAGCCCAAAGCCCACCAGUUUGUGGUGAAGUCCUUCAGUGCUCCCACCAAGUGUAACCAGUGCACCUCUCUGAUGGUGGGACUCAUUCGCCAGGGCUGCACCUGUGAAGUGUGUAACUUCUCGUGCCACGUGACGUGUGCUGACAAGGCUCCAGCGGUGUGCCCCGUGCCACACGACCAGACCAGGGGGCCGCUGGGCAUCGACCCUCAGAGGGGCAUUGGCACCGCCUACGAAGGACACGUCAGAGUGCCCAAGCCCACAGGGGUGAAGAAGGGUUGGCAGCGGGCGGUGGCCGUGGUGUGUGAUUUCAAGCUCUUCCUGUACGAGCUGGGAGAGGGCAAGACCACAACGCCCAGUGUGGUCGUCAGUCAGGUCAUAGACAUGAGGGAUGAGGAGUUUUCAGUCAGCUCUGUUCUGGCGUCGGACGUCAUUCAUGCCAGUCGCAAGGACAUCCCAUGUAUAUUCAGGGUGACGGCAUCCCAGCUCUCCCCCUCCUCCAGUCAUAAGCCUUCCAUCCUGAUCCUGGCCGACAGCGACCACGAGAGGAACAAGUGGGUGGGACUUCUCAACGAGCUGCAGCGCAUCCUCAAGAAGAACAAGCUGAAGGAGCGCUUUGUCUACGUGCCCAAAGAGGCCUACGACAGCACGCUGCCGCUCAUCAAGACCACGCAGUCCGCCGCUAUUAUAGAUCACGAGCGUGUUGCCCUGGGCAAUGAGGAAGGCCUUUAUGUCAUCCAUGUCACCAAAGAUGAGAUCAUCCGUGUUGGGGACAAUAAGAAGGUCCAUCACAUUGACCUGGUCCCCCAGGAGCAGCUCCUAGCGGUCAUCUCCGGCCGUAACCGCCACGUCCGUCUCUUCCCCAUGGCCGCGCUGGACGGACGGGAGAUGGACUCCUACAAGCUGGCCGAGACCAAGGGCUGCACGGCGCUGGUGUCCGGCUCCGUCAGAAACAACUCCUUCACCUGUCUGUGUGUGGCCAUGAAGAGACAGGUCAUCUGUUACGAGGUGAACAAGAGCAAGGCACGUCACCGCCGACUGCAGGAGCUCCAAACCCCAGGUCCCGUCCAGUGGAUGGGUCUCCUGAGCGAACGGCUGUGUGUGGGCUACCAGGCUGGCUUCACGCGCUACAGCAUCCACGGGGACUGUGCCCCGGUCACCCUGUUGCACCCUGAGGACCACACCCUAGCCUUCAUAUCCCAGCAGGCCCUGGACGCGCUUUGUGCCGUGGAGAUCUCCUCCAAGGAACUACUGCUCUGCUUCUCAGCCAUAGGGGUCUACGUGGACUCGCAGGGCCGCCGCUCGCGCCAGCAGGAGUUGAUGUGGCCUGCCGUGCCCAACUCUGCCUGUUACAACGCCCCCUACCUGUCAGUGUACAGUGAGAAUGCUGUGGAUGUUUUUGAUGUCAACACCAUGGAGUGGAUUCAGACCAUACCAUUGAAGAAGGUGCGACCUCUGAACCCGGAUGGAUCCCUGAACCUCCUGGGUCUUGAGACUGUGAGGCUCAUCUACUUCAGAAACAAGACUGCAGAGGGUGACGAGUUGGUGGUUCCUGAGACGUCAGACAACAGCAGGAAGCAGAUGGUUCGCAGCAUGAACAACAAGAGACACUUCUCCUUCAGAGUCCCUGAGGAGGAGAGGAUGCAGCAGAGGAGGGAGAUGCUGAGAGACCCAGAGAUGAGGAACAAGCUGAUCUCCAACCCCACCAACUUCAACCACGUGGCCCACAUGGGACCUGGAGACGGCAUCCAGAUUCUCAAAGACCUGCCCAUGAACUUGCGUGUUCAGGAGAGUCGUGCUGCAGGCUUCAGUGGCUCCGUGUCCAUCCCCUCCAUCACUAAAAACAGAGCCGAGCCGGGACGGUCCAUGAGCGCCAGCAGUGGACUGGGCAUCCGUUCGUCAUCUCAGAACGGCAGUGCGUUGAGGAGAGAGCUCUCUGGGGGUAGCUACAGCUCUAAGCGCCAAACCAUGACCUCUCCCUCCGAGAGCUCCUUGUCCUCCGGAGGGGGUAUGGACGGCUGCAGCGACGCACCCCUCUCCCAAUUCGACAGAGAGUGGCAGGCGGUCUCACCAUCGGAGAAGACCCCUGAUCUGAAAAGGGCUUUAAGGACCCUGCUUAGUAAGAUGAAGGACUCUGACUCACCCCGUCACUCCACGGCGUCCAACAGUUCUACAUUCAGCAGUCCCCCCAGCCCGGCCUCACCCCACAAGACCAAGUCCCUCUCUCUGGAGAGCACAGACCGCAUGACCGGCUGGGACACAUGAGUGACAGACAGCACACCGCUGCAAUCCCUGACCCUCACUGGGCCCCCCCUCCCCUGGCUCCGCCUAUCCCCUGCCCACGGAACUGCACCUGCUGCCACAGGCCCCUCCCACUUACUUCACCUUUGACUGGAACUGAGAUCUACAAACAAACACAGGGAAAGGAAGUGUUUGACCAAGAAGGAAAUACUAGGAGAACAUAUGUUAAUGCGCGUGUGUGUGUGUGUGUGUGUGUGUGUGUGUGUGUGUGUGUGUGUGUGUGUGUGUGUGCGUGCGUGUGUGUGUGUGUGUAUGAGUGUGUGUGAAGUGUGUGUGUGCGUGCGUGCUUGCAAAUGUUUGUGUGGACGCCUGUGUGUGUGUUUUUUUGAAGGGGGCAUACUUAAUAGGAAUGAAAAUUGACACAUCCUUCCAUCUGCUUUGUAGCUGAUAGCUAGAAUAAGCGAAGCGCUAAGUUUAAUUGAAAGUACUUUUGAUUACAGCACUACUAGCCCCAUGUUGAGUAUCUCCCCAUGUAAUUGGCAACUCCUGUAAAGAGACAAACCUCAAGUAGCGACAAGAAGAAGAGGAUGAAUAUGGAACAAUAACAGAUCAUUUGAUACGUGUACAUAGCAGCCUUUGGGUUUGGGGGGGACCACCUUUUAUUUAUUAAUCAGAACAGGAUGUUUCACAGAGGAUGUUUCCUCUUUCUUUCAUUUGCUUUCUUCCGGAACGGUAGUUAAUAUCAGAAGAAAAGGGGGCAUUCCAUUGACAAUACAAGGCUCACAAAAAAAAGCAAUGAUGUUUAUUUUUAUUUUUCUCAUGAAAGUGAAAUAUGUGCAGUGACUUCAUUUGUUUGUACCAUCAGUGAAAAGCUACAGUAAAGCAGUGCAAAAAAUACAACUAUGAUGAGGGGUAUUUUAACUCUAGGUUGACCCCUGACCUCACGUGCUUCAUGUUCUAGAAUUCUUAGGGACAGCAGAGUUUAGAAGCAGACCGAACAUUCUAUGAUGACAUCACAGCUCCUUCUGCCACUUCCUUAUGACAUGGCCAUUGACCUCAUCCACUGAACUGGGACCAUUAUCUGUGUAGUGUAGACCUAGUACCGUAAGUACAGUAAUAGACCAAUCACCGACCAAUUACAAAAAGCUGAUUCCCAUCACAACAAUGUACAUAAGUUAAAAGUAGAGAAUAAUAUAUAAGGGAAAUACAAUAGAGAAAUACGUGAUGGGAGAAGAUCUGGGAUUCCUUAUUUUUUGAGAAUGAUUUGGGGUUAUAUUCACACGAAAGCCAUUUUAAACCACAGUUCUUUUUAUGAUUGCUUUUAGAUUUUUUUUUUACAAGUUAUUUUUAUUUCAUGUAUGAGACAAACCGUUGAGUGUUAUUUUGAUUUGGGUUUGAGGAAACUCUUAUGGGUCACAUGGACCCCUGCUGUUGAGUAAAUAUGUGCAUUUAUUUUAAGCUAGUAGUCAGAUGCAUUCACACUUAGACACACAGGUGUUUCCUCCUCCACUCUUUCCACUAUGAUCCACAGUUAGAUCAGUUGAGGGGGAUGUAUAUUUCCAAACUGAUAGUGAUUCCCUGUGGUACUGACCUGUGAACCUCAAAUAUGUUCCUUUGACUUCUAAGAGAGAUUUUGGAAAGCUUGUUAUAACCAAAAAAGAAUGACUUGAAUCUUGAGUCUUCAUUAUUUUUCAGAGAGCCUUGCUUAUUUUUCAGAAUGUUUCAAUAGAUUAGGGGAAAAAAGAGACGAUACAAUUGUAAAGAGAUGUUGAUUUGAAUUAACAGACACCGCUGGGCUAAAAUGGAGGUUUAAAAAUGUAAAAGAAUUCUAGGGUGACCAGGCCAACGCGUCAUUUCUGUUACGUUCUUACUAUCAACUGGUAAUCUGUGUAUUGCUGUCUGCUAAUGCAAUCACCUUCAUGUAGACCAAAACAGGGGUCCAUUACAUUUUAAUUUGGUCAACUGAAGUUCCAUUCUAAUUCUCCUCAAUGCCUCUCGGAGAUGGAAUUUCUGUUUACUUACCUGAAUUGAAAUGGAAUUGACCCCAAUCCUAAUGCACACCACAAUGGUGUCGAUCAUAUUUGUGUCGAACGGAAACAAUAAUUGACUUGAUAUUGUUUCUGAGCAUUGGUCAUGUGCUUAGAUCAACUGUCUCUUAUCUCUGAAGAGGAAGGGAGAGGGGACUCUUAUUCUGGAAAAUAAAUAUUUUCUAAUGAGGAACUGUUUCUAUGUUACAGACCAUUUAAUGAAUUACAAUUGUUACUUACUGCUGAAAUGGACCUUCUGUUUAGGAGGGUUGUGGUGUACCAAGUAGUAUACAUGGCAGGUUAUCUUUAGCUAUCCUAUUAAGUGUAGAAAAAGAUGACACACAAAUUCCUGCCAUUGGACUCCUAAAUCUUAACCCUAAACCACAAUUGUAUUCUGUUCCCUUGUCAAACACAGCCAUGUAUCUCUAGCCUGCUCAUGCCACGUGUUUUUGAAAACCAUUUUAUAUUGAGGUUGAAAAAUAAGAAUUUCUCUGGAAGAGUCAGUCUCGCUAAGCUGGUUUUACUCAACCGUCUCAACUUAUUCUCCUCUCUUAAGAUUUCCUUUUAAGCUACCAAGUCUCCCUAUUCAUAUCUGCUGGACCUUAUCUGUAGAAUGUAUUUGCUGAGAAAGAGGAAAUAUCUUAGUCUGAGUAUUUCAGACCAGGCUUUAAAUUGUACAUCCCACUUAUUAAAAAAAAAAAAACCUCAGGAAUGUCACGACCAAUGAUUAUUUUCAUCCUAACAAUUCAAAUGAGUGUGACAGAACAGUCUAUACUUGGGAAAUAAGAGCUCAAUUUAGUCGCAGUGUAGUUAGCUGUGACUAGGUGUAAGGGUCGAACAAUUCAGCGAAGUGUUUUGAAUCGAGGAUGAGAAGAGGGGUGAAAGGCAGUAGUUUGAGGCUGAGGUGCCACCAUGCUAACCAGAUUUGUUUUUAAGAAAACGCCUUUGCAUUUCAGUGAGGUCUUAAGUUCCUUCUAUAUUAUUUAGCUCUUUCAUAUCACAUUACACAUUUUUUUCUAGGAUAGCUUUGUAAUAAUUUGUACAGUUUCGCAUGUUAUAGAUGUAAUCAUUUUUUUGUUUUGGAUUAGUUUUUAAUUUUGACUUGUUCAUUUUAUUUGAACGGUUGGGGAGUUUUAUUGAGGAUACCCACUACAGGUGAUGUAGAUUCUUUUUGCACAGAAAUAUUUAAGGUGUAAGGUCAAACAAAUAAUGUAUGGAAACUGGCUCAUUAAGAGAGAGCUCAUUAUAUUAACCUGACUCCGAUGUAUUUCAAUAAAACGGAGGGCUGUUACAAAUACGGCUUCACUGA